CCUUUAGUAUCCGCGUGUGCGAGGGGUGAAAACACGUUGGGUUCUCGCUCGAGAAAUAUCACUGAACAUGAACAGUCGAUUCUCGUGCCCGUAAUAGCGCAUUUUAACACGUAAUAGCGUAUUUCUGCUCUGAAGAAAAUGAGUCCCGGGUUGGGUCACGAUCCUUUGCCCUCAUACAACAUCACUGUUCUCGGAAACACCGCACUCUGCUUGUGGCAACAGCCGCAACAUAUUUUAUUCCAGUUGGCGAAUUUUUGCUUCGCAUUGUCGUACUCAGCGCCGUCUUCGAAAAAGGGAAUUUUAUUCAUGCAUUCCGUUCUAAUCAUAGGUUUUAUGUUGCUAUCAGGAUGGGCUUGGCAUGUCAUUUGCGCACCAGAUAUCUUCUCCUGGAACUUUAGUUUUUUAUUGCUCAAUAUCGGUCAAUUAGUAUAUAUUGUUUAUCAAAUGAGACCCAUUAGAUUUGAUCCCGAAUUAGAAGAAGCUUAUCACACGCUCUUCUAUCCUUUCAAAGUCUCACGGAUACAAUUCAAACGAUUAGUGUCGCCAGAGUUUGCAACGAUAAUGUCUCUUCAUGCUGGCGAGGCAUAUGCGAUGCAGAACCUAACGAGAACGGACAGAUUAGGUUUGUUGCUUACCGGGAAAGUCAACGUCCUGAGUGAUACUAACUUUCUGCAUCCGAUAUUGCCUUGCGAAUUUUUAGAUUCACCAGAAUUUGAAAGUUCCCGAGCUUCUGUUGACGAUAAAUUUAAGGUUUCUAUUGUGGCGGCAAGUUCCUGCAGAUAUUUAUAUUGGCAGAGAACAGCUUUGGAAUAUCUACUCGUGAAGGAAACUUAUCUUGCAACUGUCUUAACUACACUAGUGGCAAGAGAUAUCGCCACGAAGCUAUAUGCAAUGAAUAACAAGAUAAUUACGGACAAAGGAUCACACUUGGACAUUCGCCUUCCUACCAUCAGCGCCGGUUUAGGAAUUAGCAUUAGUAGCACGAAGGCCAAGGAACGCGCAGCGAAUAACUUGACGAAGAAGGGUGCGCCGAGCAUGGAGCCUCUUCCGGAGUUGCCAUCCUGUGACGAUCUGGCUUCUAGCGGUGUGGAAAGCUGGCUGGAUUCCUCCAGCAAGUAUCACAGUUGCGAAAUUGUUGACGAUGAAUAGCAUUACGCCAACUACUCGAAUUACGAGAAUGUGCUGGAUGACUCCGACGACGUCGAACAGGCUUUCGAUUUCAAAAGUACGGAGAGUUGGCGAUCAUUCGAAGACUAGCAGUAGAAAAACAAACUUUUACUUCUGUUCGAUUUCAGUUCAUGCAAUUUCCGGAUUUCAACUCGCCGGAACGAAGUUUUUAUAUUAAAGAUUUGUAUAUUAAAUCAUUGUUAUGUUAUUUCUGUAAUUAAUUAUAAGUUGAAUUUUACUAGAGAAUAGUUAAGAUAUCUCAUUAAGGACUAGAUUUUUACAUCGCAAUAUGGUACAAUAUAUUCUGUAGGUUUGUUGCCUAGCAACGAAAUUCGCAACGAAGGCACCUUUCAAAAAGUAGGUAUAUAUAAUGUAAAUUUAAUGCGCUAUGUACAUAUGUGUAAAUAUCAAACUUGAUAAUGGUUUCAAAGAAUGAAUUCUAUUGUGCAAAGAAAAUAAUGUUUACAGAAGUAUUUUCGGAACAAUUUCCGGAUAAAAAAUACAUAUUAAAUAAAUCUAACAUUUAUAGAUAAA